AUGGAAGAAGGUGCCAUUCUGAAGAAAGAGACGGAGGUCCUUAAGCAAGCAGCAGAGGUGGCCAAAGGACGCGAGCAGAACUAUAAGUCCAUGAUGGAGAAGUUCGCAGCCAAGAGUAAGGAUUUGGAGACCGGCAUGACAAAGCUGGAGGCCGAGAACAAACAACUCCUGGAUCGCAUCAGUCAGCUGGAGGUGGUUGCUGAGAACGAGAAGAAGCUGUCGAAGCAACUGGAGCAGUCCACCAGCGAGAACGACAAGUUGGCUGCGGAGCUGAAGGAGUUGGAAGUGAGUCUCCAGAGCAAGGACACUCACAUCACCAAGCUCUCAACCGACUUGGAGGAAAGCCACAAGGAGAAGACACUCAUCAAGCAGAAGUCGACGAAGGAGUUCCAAGUGAAGGCUGAGAAGAAGUUCCAAAAUGAUGAGAGGAAGAUCUGGGAAACCACUGAGAAGGUGGUGCAGGCCAAGGCGGAGACGAAAUAUGCCAUCAAAGAGGCCGAACGCGCCAAGCAG